AUGGCGGCCUGCAGGCAGUGCUGCUCGUACCUGAGGCUCCGGCCGCCGGGCUGCGGUCCCCUAGGUCCCCUCGGCCGGCCCGGGCGGAGUCGGCCACUCACUUAUUUGCAGGCGCGAGCGCUGUGGAGCAGCACCGGGUCCCGAACGGUGGCCGUGGACCUGGGCCACAGAAAAUUAGAAAUAUCCUCUGGAAAACUGGCAAGAUUUGCAGAUGGCUGUGCAGUGGUACAGUCAGGUGACACAGCAGUGAUGGUCACAGCGGUCAGUAAAACAAAGCCUUCACCCUCCCAGUUCAUGCCCCUGCUGGUUGACUACAGACAGAAGGCUGCUGCAGCAGGUAGAAUCCCCACAAACUACCUUAGACGGGAGAUUGGCUCUUCUGACAAAGAGAUUCUUACAAGUCGAGUAAUAGAUCGUUCAAUUCGACCUCUCUUUCCAGCUGGCUAUUUUUAUGAUACUCAGGUAAUAUGUAAUCUGCUAGCAGUAGAUGGCAUCAAUGAACCUGAUGUCCUAGCAAUCAAUGGUGCUUCUGUGGCCCUCUCCUUGUCAGACAUUCCUUGGAAUGGACCUGUUGGGGCAGUACGAAUAGGAAUGAUUGAUGGAGAAUGUGUUGUUAACCCGACAAGGAAAGAGAUGUCUUCUAGCACUUUAAAUUUAGUGGUUGCUGGAGCACCUAAAAGCCAUAUUGUUAUGCUGGAAGCCUCUGCAGAAAACAUUCUACAGCAGGACUUCUGUCAUGCUAUCAAAGUUGGAGUGAAGCAUACCCAGCAGAUAAUUCAGGGCAUCCAGCAGUUGGUAAAAGAAAUUGGUGUUGCCAAGAGGACACCCCAGAAGAUAUUCACCCCUUCACCAGAGAUUGUGAAGUAUGCUCACAAACUCGCCAUGGAGAAACUCUAUGCAGUUUUUACGGAUUAUGAACAUGAUAAAAUUUCUAGAGAUGAAGCUGUUAACAAGAUAAGACUAGACACAGAGGAGCAACUAAAGGAAAAAUUUCCAGAGGUCGACCAAUUUGAAAUAAUAGAAUCCUUCAAUGUUGUUGCAAAGGAGGUUUUCAGAAGUAUUAUUUUGAAUGAAUACAAAAGGUGUGAUGGACGGGAUUUGACUUCACUUAGGGAUAUAAGUUGUGAGGUAGAUAUGUUUAAAACACUUCAUGGAUCAGCAUUAUUUCAAAGGGGACAGACACAGGUACUCUGUACUGUUACAUUUGAUUCAUUAGAAUCCAGUAUUAAGUCAGAUCAAAUUAUAACAGCUAUAAAUGGGGUAAAAGAUAAAAAUUUCAUGCUGCACUAUGAGUUUCCUCCUUAUGCAACCAAUGAAAUUGGCAAAGUCACUGGUGUAAAUAGAAGAGAACUUGGGCAUGGUGCUCUUGCUGAGAAAGCUUUGUUUCCCGUUAUUCCCAAAGAUUUUCCUUUUACUAUAAGAGUCACAUCCGAAGUCCUUGAGUCAAAUGGGUCAUCUUCUAUGGCAUCUGCAUGUGGUGGAAGUUUGGCAUUAAUGGAUGCAGGGGUCCCGAUUUCAUCUGCUGUUGCAGGUGUAGCAGUAGGAUUGGUUACCAAAACCAAUCCAGAGAAAGGGGAAAUAGAAGAUUAUCGUUUGCUGACAGAUAUUCUGGGAAUUGAAGAUUACAAUGGUGACAUGGAUUUCAAAAUAGCCGGUACAAAUAAGGGAAUAACUGCAUUACAGGCUGAUAUUAAAUUACCUGGAAUACCAAUUAAAAUUGUAAUGGAAGCCAUUCAGCAAGCAUCAGUGGCAAAGAAGGAGAUAUUACAGAUAAUGAACAGAGUAAUUUCAAAACCUCGAGCAUCUAGAAAAGAAAAUGGACCAGUCGUAGAAACAAUUAAAGUUCCAUUAUCAAAACGAGCAAAAUUUGUUGGACCGGGUGGAUAUCACAUAAAAAAACUUCAGGCUGACACAGGUGUAACAAUUAGUCAAAUUGAUGAAGAAACCUUCUCCAUAUUUGCACCAACACCUAGUGCAAUGCAUGAGGCAAGAGACUUCAUUAACGAAAUUUGCAGAGAUGAUCAAGAGCAACAGUUAGAAUUUGGAGCAGUUUAUACCGCUACAAUAACUGAAAUCAGAGACACUGGCGUAAUGGUAAAACUGUACCCAAACAUGACUGCUGUGCUACUUCAUAACACGCAACUUGACCAGCGAAAGAUUAAACAUCCCACUGCCCUAGGAUUAGAAGUUGGUCAAGAAAUUCAGGUCAAAUACUUUGGCCGUGAUCCAGCUGAUGGAAGAAUGAGGCUUUCCCGCAAAGUCCUUCAGUCUCCAGCUAUAACUGCUGUCAAAACUCUAAAUGAUAGAAGCAGCAUUGUAAUGGGAGAGUCUAUGUCACAGUCAUCAUCCAACUCUUCCCCUUGACUCCUUUUGGAAAUGGGACUGUAAACUGCUAAUAAUUUGGGAAAAAAUGAAGCCAGUUCUUGGAACUCAAGAGGGGUACCACAGAAUUUAAAUGGACAGCUCACUAAUGCCAACAGCAGAAGCACCCUCAUUUCUACAUAAACCAGCAGCCUACCAUUCGAGCCAUACUUCCCUUCAUCUUUAUUCAAAUCAUGGUCGUUUUUCAUAAUUUCUAAUGAUGUUUUUGUUUUUGCUUUUUUGGGAGGCAGCAUUUCUCUGUGUCGCCAAGGGUGUCCUGGAACUUGCUCUGUAGACCAGGCUGGCCUUGAACUCAGAUCCACCUGUGCCUGCCUCCUGAGUGCUGGGAUUAAAUGUGUGCAUCACCACCACCAGGCCCUCUAAUUAAGUUUUUAAUCUGAGCCUAUCAUAUGCCAAAAACUAAUUUAUAGUACCUGAAUACUGCUAUUUGCAAAUUGAUCUUUUUUUUCUUUUUUUUUAUUAAUAUUUCCACCUGCUCCCCGUUUCCCAUUUCCCUCCCCUCCUCCCAAAUAUUACCCCCUCCCCCCACUCCCCUCCCCCUAUCCCCACUCCUCUUCUCCACCCCCCACACCUGCAAAUUGAUCUUUUAUGACCCUUUUUUUUGACAUACCAUGAAUUAGUGUUCAAAUUUUUACAUAUAUUUGUUUUGUGCACUUAGAAGCCAUUGUAUGUGUAUGAGGAUCAGGACAACUUGUAGGAUGUUGGUUCACUCACACUGUGUGGGUUCCAGGAGACAAACUCAGGGCAUCAGACUUCACAAUAAUUAUACAUUUCCUUGCUGAGCCGUCUGACUUGCUUAAAUUAUGGAUUUUAUGUGACUAUUUUCUUUCCCUUCCAAAACAUUUUAAAUUUCUGGAUCUAAGAUAGAAGCAUGAACAUGAGCCGCUCUCUGUUGAGCUCAGCCAAGCGUCACAUUCAUUCAACAUCUGCUGUGGACUAAGCACUAUGUGCAGGGGAUGUCCGCAAACAGAGCCGAAGCUCCUGUUCACUUCUGCUUGAGAAAACUCGAGGAAGCAAGGAUGUAACAUCCGACAAAGAAGCAGAUACUGUAGUGGAAAGGGGCUGGGAGUGAUCCCUCCUACCGCUGCAGUGUAGACUGUGAACAAGAUCAGCGUGGGGAGGGAAAGAUUUAUUUGGCUUACACUGCCCAAUCACAAUCUGUUGAGGAAAGCCAAGGGAAGAAACUAAAACAGGUCAUGAGGAGUACUUUUUACUGGCUUGCCUCCAAUGGCUUACUCAGCCUGCCUUUUUUAAAAAAUACUUUUAUAAAUAUAUAUUAUAUAUAGUUAUAAUAUAUAUAUUUUUUGGUGGGGGGUAUCAAGACAGGGUUUCUCUGUAGACUGGGCUGUAAAGAUGUGCGCCCCCACCGCCCAAUAGCCCCACCUGCUCUCUUAUGCCAUCUAGGACCAACUACCCCAGUGAACUAGGCCCGGCACAUCAAGCAUUAAUCAGUAAAAUGCCCCCAUAGCCUUGACAAUUGGCCAAUCAGAUGGAAGCAUUUUCUUGUUUGAGGCUCCCUUUUCCCAGAUAAUCCUGGCUUGUAGAAAGUUGACAAAAAAAAUAAAUAAAAUAAAAAUCACACAGCCAGGACAAGUGAUAAGUUAUUGUUUGAAAUGAAAUGAUUCAGAACCACUUCCCUGAAUAGAUAAUAUUUAAAGAGACCUGAAUGAAAUAGAAGGAGAUGUGAAGACAAAAUAAACUUUCAUUUUUUAAGUCAGUUUCACACAGUUUUGUCUUUUGCUUUGUAUUAAGAAUAGAGUCAAGGGCUGGAGAGAUGACUCAGAGGUUAAGAGCACUGACUGCUCUUCCAGAAGUUCAAUUCUCAGUAACCAUAUGGUGGCUCACAACCAUCUAUAACAUCUGAUGACCCACAUGGUGAAAAGAGAAGCAGUUCCCUCAAGUUGUUCUCUGACCUCCAGACAUGCACCAUAGUACUUAAGCACCAA